UAGACUAUUCCCUUCUCUAGAUUUAUCCAAUCCCUUCUCCCUCAAUCCUUCUUUCUUCGAUUCUUUCCCUUCCUUUUCCCCAAUCUAACUCUCAUUUUCCCUUCCGCCACAUCCUCUGCUUCGGUUCUUAAAUCGAUCAGCACCUUUUUUCGAUCCGGUGAGGAGAGCCUUCUCUUCCUUUUCUUUCACGGUUCUGAUGAAUCCUCAGCAGGAACCCCUUCCUGUCUCGCGGAUUGAUUCUACAAUUCCACCUACACAUACUGUUCAAUCUUCUAUGGAGACGGACCUUUCUCUGGAUUUGCAGGCCCUCAACCUACAAGAUCCGAAAGUUGCCUCUGUCAAAGCUGUCCAAGAAACUAUGGAAGUAGGAGCAGAUGCGAAGUACAACAUACUCAUCAUUCUUGCAGCCACUGGAAUGGCCCCAGCUCGUGUUCUCAGUUUGCAAACCUUGCAGCAGGCUAUGGCCAGAGCUUGGAGAAGCAAUUAUCACGGAAUAUCACAGGUAUCUAGAUCAAUGUUCAUGGCGCAUUUCAGAACUUUAGAUGCUAUGAUGUUUGUUAUUACAAGGCAGCCUUGGAUUAUGGGUUCUGACAAUCUACUGCUUGAGUGGCUUGAUCCUGAGGAUGAAGCAAAAGAAAAGGGGAAAUAUUUUUCAACACUAUAUAUGUGACUGUCAGAAUUUAUGGAGUCCCAACAAGAUUCAGAUCGAUUCAAUUGUUAAGAAGCAUUUUAGAACAAGUGGGAGAGCCCUCUGAAUUUCAUCCUUUGCACCAAGGAAUGUUAUUUACUAGAGCUGAGUAUAUGUGGGGCACUGCCAAGUUACAGAUCAAUGAUGCUAUUAAGGAUAGAAUUAUGGUAACCUUUCCAAAUGAAUCAUCUGCUCUGGCCUAUCUGUUUUAUGAGAAGAUUGGAAGGAUUUGCUCUUUCUGUGGAAUUAUGUUCCACAAUGUUCAGGGAUGCCCUCUUAGGAAUCAGAUUAUAUUGGAAAGGCACAAAAGGGGAGUUUCAGCUGGGGAUAUUCCAUCACAAAGAUUUGGAGAGUGGAUUACUGAUGCAGAGCUCAUCCCGCAAUUGGAUUCUACACAUGGAGGCUCUUUAAAUCAUGGGUUAAAUAUAUUUCAGAAUCAACAACUCAUAAGAUUUCAGCGUUUAUUUGCAGACGACGAAAAAGGAAAGGGCUUAACUUCUAUUGACGGUUCAAGUGAUUUAUAUAAGAAGAAAGAUAAAGACAAAUUGGUCAGAAGUUACAAUGACAAAGAUUCAAAUUCACAAUCUAAAGAUGCUAAUGUGGAGGAGCAGCGGCAGAUCCCCCGUCAUAGUGGGCGACUAGAUACCAACAUUCAUGAGGGAAAUCUGUAUGAUAACCACCUAGUCACCGUUCAAUGGGGAGCAGCAGAACAGACUCACAACACUAAUGUUGGGGCCAGUCAAUCUGAAAGACAAGGGGAUGUGGGUCGACCUGCCAAUAAUCUUCAGUCUACUCAAAGCAACCCAACAGAUGCAAGACAAGAAGGCCAGCUACCCCAAUCCAUAGAUGUUAUUCCUUUUGCACCCACAGAAGGUACAACCACGCUUCAUAUCACUCAGAACUUAAACACAUCUUCCAUGCCAGCUUCCAUUGCUCUAUCUUGCCCCACUGUUCAUGGACAGAUCCUUACCCACCAAUCCAAUCCCAGUUACUCUGAUUCAUAUGUUCCUUCCCACAUGAGUAAUAUAUAGUUCAAAGCGCCCAAGCUCCUCCAUACCAGGCCCACUGCCGCCUCCACCAAAGAAACGCUUCUAUCCUUUGGGGGAUAAUGAGACUUUGCUGGAUAAUGCGAAUAGGAGCCCUCCCUCCCCUCAAGCACCUCCAAGAGAAGUUGACCAGAGCCCCGCGCUUAUUCACCAAAGUGGAUCAAUUCCAGCUGUUCUCUUGGAUCAUGCAGGACCAGAAGCAUCUGCUCAUGUUGCCUCAUGUGUUCCUGUUGCUGGUGCUUCUAUUGCAGCAGGUGCCGAUUCUGGAGCAAGGCUCUCUGCUUCUAUUCUUGGUUGCAGGCCUAAGUCUCGAGGUACCCGUUGGGAUAUUCCUCCAGGAGGUGGUUCUUCAGGCUUAUAUGCCAGCUUUCAGAGGCAACGCCGAGUUUGGACUCGUGAUUCUGCUGGGUUAAGUAAUCAUAGUGUUGGCAAGGGAGUACAUGGUGCGGUCUUGGGUAGAGGUGGAGCUCGUGCCUCAUCCCCCAGCCAAGGAGACAAUGUUGGACGAACCUAUGAUGACUGUAGACUUCGCUCGCGUUCACCAUCUGUCAGUACAGGCACUGUUCAUUCCCAUGUGCCAUGUGGAGGUGGGUGGCUAUCACUCCGGAGAUCCAUCCACAGUAGAAGGUCAAGUAGGAGAAUCUAUGGACUAUGAUUGGGCAGCGGCGCAUGGCCCUAACGCGCCUCCAUCGCCAUGAGACUCAUAGCCUGGAAUUGUCGAGGAAUGGGGCGAGGCCUUGGCAAUGAAAGGAUGAUGUAUCUCGCCAAACUCAUUCAUUCCACUAAAGCUCAGUGUUGUAGUUCCUUCGAGGGGCUCCUCGGGCGGUUUAUGGCUGAUGUGGAAUGAUGAGCUUCAAGUUAAUGUGAAUACGGCUUCCUUCUAUGUUAUCUUAGCGAAUGUAGUUCAUAUAGCUACCGAUAGAGAUUUUGGUCUAGUUUGCAUCUAUGGUGAUCCUUAUCACGGACAAACUGAUGUGAUUUGGGAUCAGAUUUCAAAUUUUGUGUAUGAUAACCCUGGGAAGCCUAUGUUAUGUAUGGGAGAUCUCAAUGAACUUUUGUAUGAUGUGGAUAAAAGUAAUGCUAAUGUGAA